AUGGACUUUGUGAAUGGGAAGAGCCUUAACUCGCCGUUUGCCGCUCACAUCAUCAUCGGCUCCUCAACUCUGGCCCUAUCCGAGCCUCGUAUCGACUUUAUGGAGGUCUUUUCUUUGGGGUUGGACGACAAUCAGGAUGAUGACCCGAGCUUCCCUGGCCGCCUUGCGCUGGAAGAGCUCGACAAUAGUAAAAGGCCUCCCGACGUUCUCGUCAUCCGCGAAGGUAAUUCUACACGUCGGCCUACUUCUAAGGAUCAGCACUACCAGAGGAACAUGGAGGAACUGGAGUUCGCGUCACUACCAGUUAUUCGGGAGACGGCAACAUCGCCGGCCACGGCAGAAGCUGCCGCUACUCCGUCCACCACCAGCAGCUCCCCGGAGGCGAGCAUCCAGGUGCCCGCGUCGCUGAGCUAUGCUUUGGAGCUUGCCGCUGAGAUCUCGGAUGCUGUGAGAUCUAUCAUCACGCCUGCUCCUAGACAUUACCCUACCAUGUAG